UUAUGUAGCACAGUAAAUUACACUUAAAGUUUUAUUUGGCUGAAAAUAUUUUUGGCACGAUAUUGCACAAUUAUUAUAAUAUUACCAUAGUUCUUAAAAAUGAAUGUAGAAAAUAUCAGCCAAGAACUCGGAGUGCACCAAAACCAAAUAAAAUUAAUUAAAGCAGAUAAAUUGUUAUGCUUAGUUCACAAAUCAUGGGUUAAAUCUUUAGCUAAUAAUGAAUUAAUAGACAACCAAAUUUAUACUGGAGUUUCCAACUGGAAGGAUGAUGAUAUUAAAUUUGAAAGUUGGGCCAGAGUUUAUAUAAAGGUAUUUUUAAAGCAACCGAGUCAAGUGAUACCAUUACCCCGAUGCAAUGUGAUUAAUGCCAAUACUUGCCAAGAGCCUCCCUUAUCUUAUUGUCAACUUCUUCAUUAUGUUUCACAAAGUAAUCACAAAAAUCUAUGGAAGGCUGCCCACAAAAGAUACAAUAAUCAAUAUUCUUUCGGACAUAAAGAAAGUUUAUUAUUUCACCCUGUACCUUAUGACAAUAUUCUGAAAGAAGUCAUCACUAGAACUUAUGGCUGUCAUAUUAUUACUAAAGAUAAUGUAAAUUCUGGAGAAGUUGAUCAAUCCCAAUAUGUUAAAAUGUUUGAAACAAACAUCAAUCUAUACCCAGUAUUAUGUGGUAUUGAAACAAAAUCAUUUAUAUUUCUUGUUCAUAAUUCUUACAUUGAACAUAAUUUACAAGACUGUGUUACAUAUAGUCCCUCAAUUUUGGGAUCAUGUUAUAACAAAUCAUUAUUUAUUAUUUAUCAAUUGGUGAGUGUUCUGAAAUCAAUGCAUGAUAAAGGACUAGUUUUAGGAGAUAUAUUAUUAGAAGAUAUAUAUUUAGAUGAAAACUUAUGGAUCCAAGUAAUACCAAAAUUAGAUGAUAACUUAAAUGAAAUUCUUCACAAAAUUGAUCAAUUAUCUGAACCGAAAAAAGAUGCAAAUUUCUACAAAAGCAACUGUGUGUGCUCAAAUUGUUUGAAAUCUAUAACAAAAAAGUGGUGCAAUGGACAAAUUAGUAACUUUGAUUAUUUAACUGUAUUAAAUGUACUGGCUGGCCGACGGAAAGGUGAGCCUGGUAAUCAUCAUGUAAUGCCUUGGGUAACAGACUUCUCAUCAAAAUCGGGAAGUAACUGGAGAGACUUAACAAAAUCUAAAUAUAGGCUUAAUAAAGGUGAUCAUCAGUUAGAUCUUACAUAUUCUCAGUCAACUACAAAAUCAGAUGAUGUACCGCAGAUACCACAUCAUAUUUCAGAUGUGUUAUCUGAUAUUACUUACUAUGUAUAUAUGGCACGAAGAACAAAUCGUUCAGUAUUAACAAAACAUGUCAGGCCACUCUGGGUUCCUGCUGAAUAUCCCAACUCUAUACAAAGGCUACAACAAUGGUCUCCUGAAGAAUGCAUUCCAGAAUUUUAUUCAGAUCCUACUGUUUUCAAAACAAUUCAUGAAGACUUAGCUGAUCUAGCUUUGCCUGCUUGGGCCACUUGUGCUGAAGAUUUUAUUGCAAGGCAUCGGGAGGCCUUAGAGAGCCAAUAUGUAUCCGAAAGAUUACAUCACUGGAUUGAUUUAACAUUUGGAUACAAACUAGCAGGACAAGCUGCAAUAAAAGCAAAAAAUGUUUGUCUGAUGUCAUGUGAAAAUAACUACUUUCUUAGUAAAAAUGGCGUUGUGCAAUUAUUUGAUUACCCUCAUCCUGCCAAAUUUAUUUCUGGACCAUUUAAUGGAAAACUUCCACCUAGGAUGUACACAAAUGCAGAUAGAAGGCAUUUAGUCCCUCCAAGGCUAACUCGCAGUUCAGAAGAUCUGACCUCAUGUUGCCGGGAACAAGAUAUUUGCUCACAAAACAGAAUGCAUAAUAGCCCAUCGCAGUCAUCUCAAAAAUCUCUAUCAUCUCAAUGUUCCGAUGAAAGAAGCAAUUAUAAUACAUAUCCUAAAUCAACAACUAUUUUAUAUCUGCCUAAAGAAUACAAUCCUGUUUCACAACUCAUUGCUUUGGAAAACCUAGAAACUUUUACUUCAAAAGUAUUAUUAAAUGAUGGUGAUAUAAGUGCUGAAUGCAACAAGGAAGAACAUGCAAAGAUGACAAUGGAGAUAGACAAUGGUAUAAAUUAUUCAAAACCAUGUAAUAACACCGAAAAAACCCAGCACGAAUCAAAACCAAACUACAAGCAGAUAGUUGCAGGGAGACGUUUGCGGGAGAUGCAAAUAUUGGGUUGUUUAAUUGUCGAGAUGUUUCAUGCUAAGCGUCUACGCCCAUUUGGUACUACAUCCAACUUUGAUAGUAGGCUACGAAAUUGUAUAUCAAUACUGUAUUCAGAUGCUGGACUUCCUUCUUCUGUAGCUGGUGCUGUGAAACUAUUAUUACAAUUGGACAACUUGGAUAAUUCUGGCCUUUCUGGGUUUAAGUAUCCAACUGUUACUGAGAAAGGGUUGCCUCCGCCAUCAGCUCAUCAAUUGCUGCAGCCUUUGUUGGGAGGUGCAGCGUUUCCAUUUCCACGUAGCUACCCAGCUCUGCAUGGAAUGCUAAGUGCACUCAUAGAAUUUGAUAGGUCAUUGUCCUAUUUAGAAAUAAUGUGCUUUUCUAGAUGCGACGGACAGGAUUGUGAUAAGUUUGAGAACAUGAAGUAUACUAGACAGAGUUUUGUAAAGAAGAUUUCAGAAUGCAAGCUGCUAAAAAUUGAGUGGUUGUUGGAUAUAAGUGCUUUUGAGCAGUUUAACAAUGUGGAUUUACUAUUACCAUUUUUUAAAGACUUACUUCAUAAUCCCGACACUGCUACGCUAUCUGCAUGGUAUUUGUUUGAUCCAAUAGCGAAAUCUUUAGGAGUACAAGAUACUAUAGAUCAACUUCUGGAUCCAAUUCUGAAAUUGUAUGAACAGCAUGACUGGGAAGAAGAAAAGAAUUUAUCAUGUCUAUCGCACAAAAAAAUCAGUGAACUGUAUCACCAUAGCUUCUUAUUGAAAUUAAUAGUAGAUUUUGGCCUUAAUGUGUUUUUGGAUAACUUUUCUACACGUUUGAUUGAAGCAGUUGGUGGGAUAGGAAGCCACAGAGAAAAUGAAAAUGGAGCUGAUUUUCUGGAUGAUAAAUUCAAGCAAGAGCAUUUUGGAGAUUUUAAAAAUCUUCAUGAAGAAUUGUCUGAAGAACGCGGCAACAAUGCUACCGACAUUACUUUAAUUAUCACAGAGAGCAUUAGUGAAGCCAUAGCAGAUGAGAAAAAAAUUGAUAAUGAAAAGUUGAAAAGCGAAGAGAUUGAAUCUGGUUUUAAAAGAACUAGAUCCAGAAAAUCACGAUCAAGUGGUUCAAAUCGUAAUUCUAGAAUUUCUGAUAUGAGCUCAGAUAGUUUAAUCUGGCUGGCACAUAGACUUGGACCUGUUCUGACUGCUAGAUACCUUACAAGAAACCUGUUGAAAAUGCUCUCUCUGUGCUAUCUUGGAGAGGAAUCUUUAGUUCAAAAAUCACACUGUUUAGAUUCCACACUUAAAGAUAUAUCAUGCUGUAGGCAUGACGUUUCUCAUGAUAAAAAAUGUUUGUGCGACAAGGCAGAUAUUGAAAUUGCAGGAGAUGAGUAUGCACAAAGAGUUAUGGAUUGUCUACUUUCUAUCGUUGGUUUGUAA